AUGGAGAGCGGCCUCAUAAAUGGGGCAGUAUUUAUUGAUCUACGCAAAGCUUUCGACAUGGUAGAUACAGAUUUGUUAUUACGAAAACUUGCAGUUUACAAAUGUGAUGAUUUGACAUUAACCUGGUUUAAGUCAUACCUGCAAGAAAGAGACCAAUGUGUGCAAUUUAAAGGAACUUUGUCAUCUAAGAAAUCUUCUCUGUAUGGUAUCUCCCAAGGAAGUAUUCUAGGACCUUUAUUGUUUAUAAUGUUUAUCAAUGAUCUUCCACUAUAUGCCAAUUCCAACACAGACAUGUAUGCUGAUGAUUCGACAAUCCAUACAAGUGCUAGAACAGUUGAGGAACUCAAUAAUAAAUUAACUGAGGAUAUGACAAACGUUCAAGCUUGGUGUACUAACAACAACAUGGUAAUAAAUGACGGUAAAACGAAGGCAAUGAUGAUAACAACAUCUCAGCGCGCAGCCACAUUAAAUUCAAAUCUACGAGUAGAAUUUAACGGUGUCCAGUUAAAGAAUACCAACAGUGAGAAAAUACUUGGGGUUGUUAUGAAUGAACAUCUUUCUUGGAAACAGGAGAUUGACAAAGUAGCAAAAUCUUUAAUUAAAGGAAUUCAUCUUCUGAGACAGAUCAAAGAGUAUUUGCCUAUUGGUCACCGAGUAAUUUACUACAAGUGUUUCUUACAACCUCACAUAGAUUAUUGCCGUACAGUUUGGGGACAAUCAUGUCAUAUUAUUCGCAUACAUAAACUCCAAAAGUUAGCUCUGAGAAUUAUAUACGACAAACCGAAGCUAACCUCUUCUGGGCCACUAUUUAAAGCUGCUGGAGUCCUGCCUAUACAGCAAAGA